AUGGAUCUCAAAACUCUAUUUCACAAUCUUCGCGAAGAAGUGUCUUGUUCGGUGUGUUCGGACUUAUUCACGGAUCCUAAACAACUCUCCUGUCUGCACAGUUUUUGCUUAAAAUGUGUAAAACAGUGGUACGAGACGUGCGGGGGCGGAGACGCCAUUAAAUGCCCCAAAUGCCAAACGCUAAGCAGAAUACCAGCAAGCGGUGAUCUUAAAGAUCUUCCAACAAGCUUCUAUUUGAACGGCUUUAUCGAUGUUCUUGCCAUCAAAGAAUGCAAGAACACUCAACUAACAUGUGGAAACUGUGACAAGAAGAGCUCGGAAGCGUCGUAUUGUUUCCAGUGUUGCAUAUUUUAUUGUGAAGAAUGCUUAAUGUUUCAUAGUAAAAUGCGAGACAAAACGGGACACCGUGCUUUGGCAGUAAAGGAAUUCCAAGAUAAAGACUUUGAGGAUGUAUUGAAGCGACCAGUAUUUUGUUCAAGACAAGGACACCAGAAAGAAGAGCUGAAAUACUACUGCAAAGAAUGCGAAACAGCUCUUUGCCAAACUUGCGUCACUUUGGAUCACGGAGGUCAUGUUUUGAAAUUAAUCGAUGAAGAAGCCGAAACCAAAAGACUUGAGAUCAAAUCUGUAAUCGAAAGGCAGAGAAAAAAUUUAGAAGCAAAAAUGAACAUAGUAAGUCAACUGGAUGAAGAUUGUGCUAAAGUUUUUCAACAAAGCGAAGUAUUAAAAAGAGACGUUCAAAGGUUUGCUGAAAACUUGAUCAGAACAAUUCAAGCAAAAAUGCAAAAUAUAAUCACUACAGUGGAAGGCCGAACUAAGAAGUCCAUUGAAAGUUUGACAUCAAAAAGGAACAAAAUACAGCAACAAAUUAAUGUUAUUGAAUCAUCGCUAGAAGAAGCUGAUAAACUCUUUCAGAGAAGUACCAACGCUGAGGUUGUUCAGCUUAAAAAAACAUUGCAAACAAUUUUUAAGGAAGCGGAUCAGGCUGAGGAUAUUGCUCAAGACCCCGAAACUCAAGAAGCUUUAGCAUUUAUUAAAAAUCAGAAAAUGCUUGAUGUUGUGAACGGAGAAGAAAUUGGAUCCAUAAAAAAACCCCAUCGGACAAAAUCAAGCGAAUCUGUGGCUGAAGGCGAAGGACUGAUGGAAGGAAUUGUAGCGCGCAAAGCUCGAUUCAAUUUGAUCACAAGAAACGCAGAGAGGAAGCAGUGGUAUGAUGAACACGACCGUGUCACGGUAGAGUUGAAGGACGAGCAAGAACGAGAAUGUGUAACGGAAGUGAAAGUAGAGGACAUGAAAGACGGUACCUACCAUGUUAGUUUUUAUCCCACAGUUCAAGGUACAUUCAAAUUGUACGUUAAAGUAAAUGAGGAAAAUAUAAGUGGAAGCCCUUUUAAAACAAGCGUAAAACCAUUUCAUGUAAAACCUGUUUUAUCUUUUGGAGAGAAAGGCUCGGGUGAUGGAAUGUUUAAGUAUCCUAAAGGGGUGGCAGUGACUGACAAAGACGAAAUAGUAGUAGCUGACCAGUUAAACGAUCGUGUUCAAGUGUUUGAUAGUAAUGGUACUUUUUUAAGAUUCUUUGGUCACCAAGGUGAAAAUGCUGGAGAGUUCAAACACCCUUUUGGAAUAGCCAUUAAUAAGGACAAGAAUAUUUUUGUAGCAGACAGCGCUAACCACAGAAUACAGAUUCUUAGUUGGAAGGGGAGGCACCUGCAUUCAUUUGGCGGCCAAGGAAGCCUUGAUAGUCAGCUCUCUCGUCCUUGGGGUUUAUCCUUAGAUAGUACUGGUAAUGUUAUUGUUGCUGAUGCAGGUAACAAACUGAUUAAGAUCUUUACCCCGGAUGGUAGGUUUGUAAUGAAAAUAGGUGGACAGGGUUCUUUGAGUUAUCCUGUUCACUGUGUUCAGUGUGGUGAAUAUUUCAUAGUGUCAGACCGAGGUGAACACUGUAUCAAAGUAUUUAACAGGGAGCGGCAUUUUCACUACAAGUUUGGUAAGCGGGGGGAGGGGGACGGGGAGUUUAAUUGUCCCUCUUAUUUGUUUGUGAAUGAGUCACAGCAUCUGUUUGUCUGUGAUGAAGGGAAUCAUAGAGUUCAAGUCUUUGAACUUAACGGAAAAUUCAUCGGGAAGUUUGGAACAAAAGGCAGCAAGUUAAGAGAGUUUAUUGAACCCAUAUCAGUGGAGAUGCUUAGUAAUGGCCAAAUUGUUGUGUGUGAUAAAGAUAAUCAUCGAAUUCAAAAAUUUGAAUAGAAAAAUGGAUAAAAUUCCUGAAAUUAUUAGUAUAGGCAUGUUAUUCUCUAAAUAUUCAAGCUAAGAUAAGUUAGACCACAUAUUAACUGUUAACAUUGUUUAGUAAGACUUAAAGAACUCUGACUACCAGCCUCUGGAUUUUUCUUCCAGACACUUUUGACCGUUUAUAAAAUUUUGCUUGGCCAUAGAAGGGAAAGCUAGGGAACAAAACUUAGUUCAAGUAUUGACUAAAAUAUGUUUAAUUCUUGCAGUCUGCUACGAUAAUGUUGACAAAAGUCAGUUAAGAUGUUAAAAAAUGUUUUCUUUUUGUUUACCGUUCCUGUUGGGAGGGCCAGUGUCAUUUUGUUUUACUUUUUUGUCAAUGGCAGACGAAUAAUAUGGGCCAGGUGUUGUGUAAAAUUAAAUGGCCACUUUGUAACAUAAAUAUUUUCGGGUUUCAGUGGCUAAGACCACGUUUUGAAACCGCAUAUAUAUAUAUUUUUUAACACAAAUCGGCCUCCUGUCCACACGAAGCCAGUGAACACAGACACCGAAACCGCAUUGUUCUAAAACCACUCUCCAAAGCGGUUUAUGGCUCAAUCCACACGAAUCCCGAUAAAAAAUAUGCGGUUUCAAAAAUGUCCAGAUUCGUGUGGACGGGGCCUAAGAUAAAACUGGAUUCUAUCGUGAAAAAUAACCCGCGAACAUUUUCUUGACGCGCCUUUUAGAAAAAACUGGUAUGACGUACAAAAUUUUUUACAGUGUGAGGCUUAUUUUCAUGUCGUUGGUGAUCUUCAAGGAAGUUAUUAAUUCCUGAUAAAUUUUAGCACUUGUUUUUACCAAAAUAAAACACAAUAAUCUCGCCACUGCCCUUUAUUCGCAGAUUAAUUUUACAAGUGUACAAGGUGUAUAAACUAUGAAAUAAAAUAAAAUUAGUUUCAUUGUUGUUUGUUGUCUUAUAAGUUAGGUUGUAUAGUUUCAAAUACGUUGACAGUUGGUUUACUUGAUACUACAUGUCCAAAACAACUUCUAUCUUGAAUUUUAACGAAAUAUUAAAAAAAGGGGGCAAUUGGUACAAACGUACAACGUCCACAAUAAUGUUGAACGGUCACUAUAUUUUGAGAAACCUAGUGAGCUAUAUCAGAUUAUUAAACAUUGUUGUUCAAAUAUCUUUCUUAUCCACUGCAUUUGUUUUGGGGAACCUCUCGGGGCAGCAGUUUUUGAGCUGAUGAUUAUGUACUGCCUGCUUGCUCGAGCACGCAUGCGCAUGAUAAAGCUCAGGGUCCAAGACUAAGUGGCAUGGAAGCGCAGGCCCAAGAAGUUAGGCGUUGGCUCAAAUCGCUUUUCUUACUUUCUUUCCCGAAUCAAGCGUGACUCUUAUUGUUAAGGGCAGUGAAUUUUUCUGUAAAACCAAUCACCCAACAAUUUCUCCAUUUUUUUCGUAUCUUCUUCCCCGCGCCCGUAUCGGAAUUUCAAAAAAUCUAACUUUUUGAGUACACUAGGGAACUCUUGGAGAAAGGCCAGAACCAGCAACAAACUCAACGCUCAUAUAUAUAUAUCGUCACUUCCGGAAUUCGAGUCCAGGCCACGUUGAUAGGUGGUGAUAGCUGUAGCCCCUUUCUUCGCUCUAAAUCUGUUAUUCACGCUUUUUCUCCACUAUAAUGAGCCUAGUCCUAGGCUACGAGCCAAUGACCAGCAACACCCUUUUCCCCCACACACGAACAAUCUCGACUGGAAUGAGUCUCGGGCUAAAGAUUUCCGUCGCCCGAAAGUGCGUUGGACUUUACGUUACUCAACAUUCAUAAGCCAGAGGUUUACCUCAGGGCUUAUUAGGAAUCAAUGCGCAUGCCACCAGUUAACACAAAAAGCGUAAUGCAAAAAAAAGGCAUUCCCCACCCGCCCGCUUGGGGUGGUGCGAAAAAAAAGUGACCAUAAAAGGGUUUAACUACGUGAUACUGUUUUUAAGAGUGCAUUCGACAAACAUCUUCAGCACUGUUAAGUUCUUAUUAAGUUGUCUGUUCCAGCAUGGUCUCCUUUUCUGAAGGUCAACUAUAGUCUUAGUCAAUUGCCUUACUCACCGUUAGAGGUUUGAUUUAAUUUCCCAACCAGUGGCAUCCCCGUCUCUUUCUCACUUUCUCAAAGGCUGGAGUUUACCCGCCAAAUUGAGUGAAGAUAACCGUAAGAAAAUUGUCUUCAGUUUCUUGCUCUUUUUUCCCAGCUGAAAACUUUUCCCGCUUCUCCGUUCUUCAAUCUCGUACCUCGAGUCUUCGUUCCGUACUGCGCAUGCUCCCGACCGCUGGUCAAGGGGAACGAAAACGCCGGGUACGAGUGUGGCGUAUCUUCCAAAAGCGUUGCGACUUGAUGAGCAUGCGCGCGAGUCAUGGCCAUGCUCCUUCAAAAUCGCAAAUACAUUUUUAACGUAACUGAUGUAGUGUUAUCAAAUGGCAUUAUAGUCAUACCGUAAAAUCCGAAAAUAAGCCCUCCAUAUAUAAGCCACCCAAUCUGGUAACGCAAAAAACCCUCCGUAAAAUCACCCCUCCAAAUAUAAGCGCCUCGGGGGCUUGUGCUUGGAAAAUUGCCCUCAAAUGCAAAGUAAAACAAAGCAAAAACGGUAAAUUUACUUCCAACUAUAAAGCUAGCCCAAUCGAUUUUGAAACGCAAUUUUCCCUCCGUAGAUAUAAGCCCCUCCAAAAAUAAGUUUCUCAAAAAGGGCCUUUCAAACAUGUAAGCCCCGGGGCUUAUUCUCGAAAUUUUACGGUAUAUAGGUUAAAUCAGAUCCCUUCAGUGAACAUUGUUUUGAAUGUGCCCAGAUAAUUUUAAACAUCGUUUAUUUAGUCAUACCGUAAAAUCCGAAAAUAAACCCUCCAUAUAUAAGCCACCCAAUCUGGUAACGCAAAAAACCCUCCGUAAAAUCACCCCUCCAAAUACAAGCGCCUCGGGGGCUUGUGCUUGGAAAAUUGCCCUCAAAUGCAAAGUAAAACAAAGCAAAAACGGUAAAUUUACUUCCAACUAUAAAGCUAGCCCAAUCGAUUUUGAAACGCAAUUUUCCCUCCGUAGAUAUAAGCCCCUCCAAAAAUAAGUUUCUCAAAAAGGGCCUUUCAAACAUGUAAGCCCCGGGGCUUAUUCUCGAAAUUUUACGGUAUAUAGGUUAAAUCAGAUCCCUUCAGUGAACAUUGUUUUGAAUGUGCCCAGAUAAUUUUAAACAUCGUUUAUUUAGUCAUACCGUAAAAUCCGAAAAUAAACCCUCCAUAUAUAAGCCACCCAAUCUGGUAACGCAAAAAACCCUCCGUAAAAUCACCCCUCCAAAUACAAGCGCCUCGGGGGCUUGUGCUUGGAAAAUUGCCCUCAAAUGCAAAGUAAAACAAAGCAAAAACGGUAAAUUUACUUCCAACUAUAAAGCUAGCCCAAUCGAUUUUGAAACGCAAUUUUCCCUCCGUAGAUAUAAGCCCCUCCAAAAAUAAGUUCCUCAAAAAGGGCCUUUCAAACAUGUAAGCCCCGGGGCUUAUUCUCGAAAUUUUACGGUAUAUAGGUUAAAUCAGAUCCCUUCAGUGAACAUUGUUUUGAAUGUGCCCAGAUAAUUUUAAACAUCGUUUAUUCACACAUCCCAUUUGUCACCUAAGACUGUAGUUUGAAGAAUACGCUGUUAACAUUGUCUUUAAAUGAACAAAUCGCUAUAUUAAAAUUGGGAUGAAAGCACGAUAAUAAAGAGAAAUUCAGCUAGAAAGAUGCAUUUUUUAUCCGUACAAGGUUGCUUGUUCUAUUGACGUAAAUGUGGUUUUCACGCUCUCAUGCUUAAUAAAGUCUAUUGAAUCAUGUUAUCGAACAGACAAAAGCGCAUCAGGGGCUCUUACACAGUAACGUUCUGUGAUUGGCUCAAAGGCCUAUGAUUCCGUAAAAAGCUAACGAUAGAAAUGUCACAAUACUUGAUUAUGUUGGAUGUAGACUCCAAGACUCAAAAGGUCAUUUCUAAAUUGUUUUUGAAGAAAGCAUGGAACUUACAACGCUGUUUUACAAUCUUCGCGAAGAAGUGUCUUGCUCUGUGUGCUCGGACAUAUUUACGGAUCCUAAACAUCUCUCCUGUCUGCACAGUUUCUGCUUAAAGUGUUUGGUGCGAUGGUACGAAACCCGCGGCGGAGGAGAGGCCAUUAAAUGCCCCAAAUGCCAAACGCUAAGCAGAAUACCAGCAAGCGGUGAUCUUAAAGAUCUUCCAACAAGCUUUUAUUUGAAUGGCUUUAUCGAUGUUCUUGCCAUCAAAGAAUGUAAGAAGACUCAGGUGACAUGUGCAAACUGCAACAAGAAGAGCGCGGAAGUGUCAUAUUGCUUCCAAUGUUGCAUAUUUUAUUGCGAAGAAUGCUUAAUUGGACACAAUAUCAUGCGAGAUAACAAAGAACACCGCGUAUUGGCGGUACAAAGGUUCCAAGAAAAGGACUUCGAGGAUGUAUUGAAGCGACCGGUAUUUUGUUCAAAACAGGGACACCAGAAAGAAGAGCUCAAAUUCUACUGCAAAGAAUGCGAAACAGCUCUUUGCCAAACUUGCGUCAUUUUGGAUCACGGAGGUCAUGUUUUAAAAUUGAUCGAAGAAGAAUCCGAAACCAAAAGACUUGAGAUCAAAUCUGUAAUCGAAACGCAGAGACAAAAUUUAGAAGCAAAAAUAAACAUAGCAAGUCAACUGGAUGAAAAGUGUGCUAAAGUGAUUCAACAAAGCGAAGUCGUAAAAAGAGAUGUCCAAAGGUUUGCUGAUAACUUGAUCAAAACAAUUCAAGCAAAAAUGCAAAUUACAAUCACUACGGUGGAAGACCAAACUAAGAAGUCUAUUGAACGUUUGACAGCAAAAAGGGACGAGAUUCAGCAACAAAUUAAUGUUAUUGAAUCAUCGUUAGAAGAAGCUAAUAAACUCUUUCAGAGAAGCACCAACGCUGAAGUUGUCCAGCUUAAAAAAAUAUUGCAAACAAUUUUUGAGGGGGUAGAUUCGGUUGAGGCUAUUGCGGCUCAUGACCCUGGAACUCAAGCUGUACUGUUCAUGAAAAAUCAGAAAAUGCUCGAUGUUGUCAAUGGCGAAGAAAUCGGAUUCUUGGGAAAACCUUAUCAGACAAAAGCAAGUGAAUCUCUAACUGAAGGCAAACGAAUGAAAGAAGGAACUGUGGGGCGUAAAGCUCAAUUCAAUUUGAUCACAAGAAACUCAGAGAGAAUGCAGGGGUACGAUGAGCGGGACCGUGUAACGGUAGAGUUUAAGGACGAGCAAGGACAAGAAUGCGUGACGGAAGUGAAAGUAGAGGACAUAAAAGACGGUACCUACAAUGUUAGUUUUUAUCCCGCAGUUCAAGGUAUAUUAAAAUUGCAUGUUAAAGUAAACGAGGAACAAACUUGUGGGAGCCCUUUUACAAUAAGCGUAAAACCAUUUCAUGUAAAACCUGGUUUAUGUUUCGGAGAGAAAGGCACCGGUGAUGCAAUGUUUGAUUAUCCUCGAGGUGUGGCAGUGACUGACAAAGACGAAAUCGUAGUAGCUGACCAGUGCAACCAUCGGGUUCAAUUGUUUAAAGGUAAUGGUACCUUCUUAAGAUCUUUUGGUCACAAAGGUAAAAAUUCUGGAGAGUUCAACCGACCUGAUGGACUAGCCAUUGAUAAGGAUGGAAACAUUUUCGUAGCAGAUAGCGGUAACCAUAGAGUGCAAAUCUUUAGCAGGGAGGGGAGGCACCUGGGUUCAUUUGGAAGCAUAGUAAGCCUUGAUAGUAAGCUCCUUGAACCUUCGGGUAUAUCCUUAGAUAGUAAUGGUAAUAUUAUUGUUGCUGACACAGGUGACAAGCUGAUUAAGAUCUUUACCCCGAAGGGUAGGUUUGUAAUGAAGAUAGGUGGGCAGGGUUCUUUAAGUGACCCUGUUCACUGUGUUCAGUGUGGUGAAUAUUUCAUAGUGUCAGACCGAGGUGAACACUGUAUCAAAGUAUUUAACAGGGAGGGGCAUUUUCAGUACAAGUUUGGUAAGGAGGGGAAAGGGGACGGGGAAUUUAAUUGUCCCGCUUAUUUGUUAGUGAAUGAGUUACAGCAUCUGUUUGUCUGCGAUCGUGAGAAUCAUAGAGUUCAAAUCGUUGAACUUAACGGAAAAUUCAUCGGGAAGUUUGGAGCAAAAGGCAGCAAGUUAGGAGAAUUCAAUAGACCCUUGUCACUGGCAAUGCUUAGUAAUGGCCGAAUUGUCGUGUGUGAUGAAUUUAAUCAUCAAAUUCAAAUAUUUGAAUGAAUAGUGGCUAUAUUUCCUGAACAUAUUGGCAUAAGCAUUUAAUUCUCCAAAUAUUAAUCUAAAUAUCCAAGGUAAAUUACAGUCAGACCUCUCCUUACGGACACCUCUCUAUUACGGACAGUUCGUUUGGUCCCAGAAAUGCCAAAAAUCAUACAUUACCUACCUUUACAAUAGGGACACCUCUGUAGAGCGGACACUUGGUUCUGUCCCUUUGGUGUUCGUAUUAAAGAGGUUUGACUGUAGUCAGUUAGUCCACAUUCGUCGAUAUUAUUUUUGAGAGACUUAAAACAUUUAGUCCACAAACUGUACUUUAAACCGUUUAUAUAAUUUUGUUUUGCCAUAGGAGGGAAAACUAGGGAGACAUUAACAUCAAGUGCUAAAAGACUGUGUUGAGUUAAGUUUGCAAGCUCUUUUCGGUCGUUUUUUUGUGACCUAUACUUUCCGACUAGUCUAGUCUAGUCUAGUCAUAAAUAUGUUUUUUUUGCAGUUCAUCAAGUGCUGGAAGCGCCAGUGCCAUUUUUUUAAUUUACUUUUUUUAUCAAUGAGACAUGAAAAGCAUGGACCAGGUUUGAUGUAAAAUGACUGCUGUACAACAAAGGCGCAGUUAUGCGUCUAGUUCUACCUCACAUUUUGAAAACGUACAGUGCGUAUUUUAAAAAAAACCAAGGACCUAAAUUAGAUUGAACCGUUUGUUGUUCAAAGGUGUGGAUGAGGGAUUAACCGCUCAUGUUCCCCCUUACAAAAGUCGGUUAAGCUAUAACCUUGCUCUUGCUUUACAACUGAGCAAAAAGAAGGAAAAUAAUAAACUAAAGCACAGAGUUCAGUGCAUCUUGUAAAGCAGAUACAAUAAAAAACUAGUUGUGCAUGUCAGUGGAGAUCCUUGAGGGAAUUCAAAUUUCCAAUGUAAUUUUCUGGGUAAUUUAACAAAAAAUAACAAUAAUCGUAAUUCACCUUAUUUUGUAUAGAUAAAUGUGUAGAAAAAUAUAAUUAUAAAAGAAAAAAACACACUUAUCCCUUUGAGAAACUAUGACAUUGCAGUUCAGAAAAUAUUAUUAAAAUUCUUUGUUAUGAUAAGGUUUUUCUCUGGUCUGUUUGCUGGUAGUCUCCAGGUGAGGCGUGAAAUUUCGAGCUCGCGCGUAGAAGGCCAUUUACUGACGACGCCAUACAUUUAUCAUAAUUCAGUUCACUUUUGCAUUUCUUAUUUACCAAUUCGAGGAAGAAAACAAAAUUGAAAGAUUUUGGUUGUUGUAAUAUGGAAAAAAAAUGACGUCAUGGUGCAAUUGUCAUCUUAUGUACAACUUAAAAGGGCUUGAUAGCAAUUAGCUGAAAUAGUAAAACCGUAUUUGAUAUGCCACCUGACUGAUGCCGGGGCUAGCGCGACACGGUUGUCCAGGGCUAACUAGCCUGGUACCAGGCUUCUUGUGGGGAAAUUCGCCUCUUACUUUGCGCUUGCCCCCAUGUCCCAGGCUAACUCCGCGGUAUGGCCAGUACCUUACGCAUGCGCCCAGCCAUAUAACUCGGGAAGUGGCCAUUCUCGUCCCCAGAGCCCGUCGUUUCUUGGUCAAAUCAAGCCGAGUGGCUCUGGAGACGAGAAAGGGAAGUGGCGGCCAUGGAGGGAGAGCUGUUUCGCCCUCAUUGCGACUCAUCAUCAUGGCCCAAUGAACACGGCUUUGAUCUUACAGGGGCCCGAAGGCUAUGCCAUACUGAUGAGCCUUAACGAGAAGCACAAGAGCUGUCCAUGGUUACCACUGCUCGGUUGAUAAUUGUUAGGGAGAAAAUUCAAGUUAUUACUAUUUAUAAUUUAAAUACGGGUUUUUGCUGUAAUUUAAUGACUUUUAAAGUUUAAGCUUUCGAAUUUUCCCUUAACUUUUAUCGUUGCUCUUUUCGCUUCGACAAGAAGAUUUUUAUGAGACACAAUUAGCCGCAUCCCUAUCUUUUUCUCAAGCCUCUGGAGUCCGACCCGUCUCAUUGCGUAAAGAUGACCGUAAGAAAAUCGAUUAAAUUUUCUUCCUCUCCCUUCUUCCACUGUAUUAUAGUCCGCCUCAAUCUGCUCCUCGGCAUUUCCCCCGACACGUAUAAAUGCGCCGUCCUCAGUAAUUCACUUUUUCCUGCGCCUGACGUAAAAGAGGGCAAACGUUGCACCCAGAUCUCCUGGUUGCACCUUAAUGAGCAUGUGCGCGCGUAGUGUCCAUGCUCCAAGCACCAAGUAUAGUCAUUCCACUCAGUAAACACUUUUAAAACGUAACGUAAUUUGAAUGUGCCUCUAUAUUUAUUUUUUCUUCUUUGGUGACAAAUCUCGUUUCUUACCGAAGACUUUGGUUCGAACAAUACAUUGUUAACUCCGGGUGUUAAGAAAAAACAACUGCAUUAUAUUACAAGCACGACAACAGAGAAAAACUUAACCAGAGAGAUAUCAUUAUUCAGUUCACGGUGGCUUGUUUCAUUGCACUCUUAGCCUGAGUAUCAGGCCUUCCUAAGGGGCUAGGGGAGAGGAGAUUUGAGAUGGAGGAGGGGGGAGGGGGAGAAGAGAAAGGAAGGCCUGACCCAAAGCCAUUCAGCAAAUCGUGUGACACAACCAAAAUCUGGAUGUGGCAGUGAUUGGAUAACACACAAUACCCCCUGACGUCACCGACCGCAAGAGCGAUCGGCAAGACGCCAUUGACAUUUUUCAUAGAUGCUUUGAAAGCUCUAGAGGGCGCUCUCAAGUUCUUUCCUGGAAUAAAAAUAAAACCCGAGCAAGAAUUGUGUUUUCAAGGCCUCGUAUAUGUAGUUUAAAAGAAAGAUGUACUUGGAGUAUGGAAAAGCCUCAUAUACCAGCUUCUGCCGAAACUAUGACCGAGUAUUGGUUUCACAAGACCGGGACAAAGACGACGAUUUCAGUGUUUCAGAUAUCUAAGUUCUGAUUUACAACAUCCUGCCGUUAAAAGGGUAUUGUUACUGUAAAUGGAAGUAGAGCGAGGUAGCCAUGUAUUGAGAUAGCCGACAGCACCAUUGCUUUUAAAAAGCUUGACUUUGCUAGUGGCGGUUACGAUAGCGUACGUGAUUGGAAUUCGUUCGCUUCCUCUUCCAAAAUUUUCUCACUUUUGAAAUGUCUUAAGCUCAAGCGGGCGCCAUCAUAUUUCGCCAACGGGAUUGACCUUUGCUAAGGCCCUCACUUUUUUUCAACUUGUAACAGCUUUCACGGGCUCUCUGUGAAGUGGUGGAAUUUGCUGCUGCUUAAUAAUUUCUAGGCAUAGGUGUUUCACCAUCGCACCUUCCUAUUUAUUCUUGCAGCUUCUUUCAACCACCCAAGGAUACGAGGGAUAACAUCAGCUUUUUAGCUGCCAGACAAGCGCCUGAUAUAACUCUGUAAACAAAAGUAAUUUACAAUUUUCCGGGGCACGUUCAUUUACAAACAGAGCGUUGGCGAUCUUAUACUAGCACAAUUUUUAAAACACGUUAUAAUUCCUGUUAUGUUUUAAAUUACAAGUAUUCGAAAACUCCUCAUUGGAGGUUUAAAAAAAAGCGAAAUCACAAACACCAGACCUCGGCCAAACCGUAAAGUGAGAUUUAUUUUAGGCGAGCUUUUUGACACGUGAAGCUGACAACCCAAUGACCGGAAGUGAUUUUGAUUGGAUGGUGUCGAAUCAUGCUUUGUAGGGGUGGAAGGCUCCAGUAAAAGCAUCUGUGUCAGACGUUUCUCUCCUUCAGCUCUCUCCUUUUUUCGCUUCCAUCUUUCCCCUUUUCCCAAGAAACGCCUGAUACUCAGGCUACUGCACUCUGCACCCUAAAAAGUAGUUUACAUCUUUAAGAGCUGUGGUUUUCACGGUGUUGUGCUUCGUAUAAGAGGCCUUUGUGUCUAGAUGAUUGACACUUCACUACAAAGGCGGGCCAGGGGCUCUAAUCCAAUAUUGCUCUGUGAUUGGUUCGAAGGGCCUUUUAUUCCGAGAAAAGCUAAAGGUAGAAACGUCACAAGACUUGAUUGCUGAGUGUAGAUUAGACUCUUGAACAGAAAAGGUCAUUUCUCUGUUAUUUUGAAGAAGACAUGGAUCUCAAAACUCUAUUUCACAAUCUUCGCGAAGAAGUGUCUUUUUCGGUGUGUUCGGACUUGUUCACAGAUCCUAAACAGCUCUCCUGUCUGCACAGUUUUUGCUUGAAAUGUGUAAAUCAGUGGUACGAGACGUGUGGGGGCGGAGACGCCAUUAAAUGCCCGAAAUGCCAAACGCUAAGCAGAAUACCAGUAAGCGGUGAUCUUAAAGAUCUUCCAACAAGCUUUUAUCUAAAUGGCUUUAUCGAUGUUCUUGCCAUCAAAGAAUGCAAGAACACUCAACUAACAUGCGGAAACUGUGACAAGAAGAGCUCGGAAGCAUCGUAUUGUUUUCAGUGUUGCAUAUUUUAUUGCGAAGAAUGCUUAAUGUUUCAUAGUAAAAUGCGAGACAAAACUGGACACCGUGCUUUGGCGGUAAGAGAAUUCCAAGAUAAGGACUUCGAGGAUGUAUUGAAGCGACCUGUAUUUUGUUCAAGACAAGGACAUCAGAAAGAAGAGCUUAAAUACUACUGCAAAGAAUGCGAAACAGCUCUUUGCCAAACUUGCGUCAUUUUGUAUCACGGAGGUCAUGUUUUGAAAUUGAUCGAAGAAGAAUCCGAAACCAAAAGACUUGAGAUCAAAUCUGUAAUCGAAUCGCAAAGACAAAAUUUAGAAGCGAAAAUGAACAUAGUAAGUCAACUGGAUGAAGACUGUGCUAAAGUUUUUCAACAAAGUGAAGUAUUAAAAAGAGAUGUUCAAACGUUUGCUGAUCACUUGAUCAAAACAAUUCAAGCAAAAAUGCAAAAUAUAAUCACCACAGUGGAAGGCCGAACUAAGAAGUCCAUUGAAAGUCUGACAGCAAAAAGGAACGAGAUUCAGCAACAAAUUAAUGUUAUUGAAUCAUCGCUAGAAGAAGCUGAUAAACUCUUUCAGAGAAGUACCAAUGCUGAAGUUGUUCAGCUUAAAAAAACAUUACAAACAAUUUUUGAGGGGGUGGAUCAGACUGAGGUUGUUGCUCAUGACCCUGAAACUCAAGAAGCUUUAGUGUUUAUUAAAAAUCAGAAAAUGCUUGAUGUUGUGAACGGAGAAGAAAUCGGAUCCUUGAAGGAUCCUAAUGGAACAAAAGCAAGUGAAUCAGUGGCUGAAGGUGAAGGACUGAAAGAAGGAACUGUAGCGCGUAAAGCUCAAUUCAAUUUGAUUACAAGGAACGCAGAGAGAAAGCAGUGGUAUGAUGAACAGGACCGUGUAACCGUAGAGAUCAAGGACGAGCAGGGACAAGAAUUGGUGACGGAAGUGAAAGUAGAGUACUUGAAAGAUGGUACCUACAAUGUUAGUUUUUAUCCCAGAGUUCAAGGAACAUUCAAAUUGUACGUUAAAGUAAAUGAGGAACAUAUUCGUUGCAGCCCUUUUACAAUAAGCGUAAAACCAUUUCAUGUAAAACCUGUUUUAUGUUUUGGAAAGGAAGGCACCGGUGAUGGAAUGUUUAAAAUUCCUCGAGGUGUGGCAGUGACUGACAAAGACGAAAUAGUAGUAGCUGAAGACUUAAACCAUCGGGUUCAAGUGUUUGACAGUAAUGGUACUUUCUUAAGAUCCUUUGGUCACAAAGGUGAAAACGAUGGAGAGUUCAGCCGACCUGAUGGAAUAGCCAUUGAUAAGGAUGGAAAAAUGUUUGUAGCAGACUGUGAUAACAAUAGAGUACAGAUCUUUAGUUGGGAGGGGAGGCACCUGGGUUCGUUUGGCGGCAAAGGAAGCCUUGAUAGUCCGCUCUCUAAUCCUUGGGGUUUAUCCUUAGAUAGUACUGGUAAUGUUAUUGUUGCUGAUACAGGUAACAAACUGAUUAAGAUCUUUACCCCGGAUGGUAGGUUUGUAAUGAAGAUAGGUGGGCAGGGUUCUUUGAGUUUACCUGUCCACUGUGUUCAGUGUGGUGAAUAUUUCAUAGUGUCAGACUGA